GCCGAGCCCCUCCCCCGCGGUGCCUUCGCCCCUCGGGGCUGCCAAUAAACUGUUACACCACCGGAGUGUGCGCGACUCGGAGGGCGGGGACCGAUCGCAACGUCUCCGCCGUCGAGGAUGCGCGCAGAGCCCGGCGCGCCCGCAGAGACCAGCGCAGGUGCAGGACGCGAGCAGGCAGCGGCCGCCCCGCCCUCGCCCGCGCCUGCGCAGUCGGCGGCCAGCGCAGGGCAUUGUGGGAGCCGCCCGAGCCCGCCGCCGCAGCCCUGGAGCCCCUGAGAGACGUCCACCUCGGCUUGGCCCCGCGCCCCGGCCGCCUGGCGCUGCUGUCCGGCCACUACCUCUACUACCACUACGGCUGCGACGGCGUGGACGACCGCGGCUGGGGCUGCGGCUACCGCACCCUGCAGACGCUGUGCUCCUGGCCAGCCGGCCGGCCCACGCGGGUGCCCACGUUGGCGGCAGUGCAGGCGGCCCUGGAGGACAUGGGCGACAAGCCGCGUGGCUUCCGCGGCUCCCGGGACUGGAUCGGCUGCGUGGAGGCCUGCCUCUGCCUCGACUACUUCGGAGGACCCCAGGGACGCCUGUGCCACGUGCCCCGGGGCACCGGGCUGCGUGGGCAGCUGGACUCGCUCUACUCCCACUUCGCGGGAGGCGGGGGGCCCGUGAUGGUGGGGGGCGACGCAGACGCCCAGUCCAAGGCCCUGCUGGGUGUGUGCCUGGGGCCGGGCACGGAAGCUUCCGUCCUGGUCCUGGACCCUCACUGCUGGGGGGCUCCACAGAGCCCCCGUGACCUCCAGGCCGCCGGGUGGGUGGGCUGGCAUGACGUCAGCACGGUCUUCAACCCCGCCUCGUUCUACAACCUGUGUCUGACCAGCCCAAGCCCGGACAGUACAGGGGCCCAUUCCCUGGACUGAGGCUCGCCGUGGCCCCCCAUAUUCCACCCCAUGUCCUUUAUCCAAGGAACAGGCCCAACCCUCGGUAACAAUAAAGCGACAGGCCCCGCUA